GUCUAAUUUGAUAAUGGUCGCCGUGUUAUGUUUCUUCGAUGUGGCGACCUGGUUAGCUGCAUGGGCAACAGUCUCCCGAGGUAACCAUCUGCUCCUGCAGUGCACACAGCGACAAAGACUCCCAAUUUACAUGCACCGUAAUUGGUGCUCUCUCCAUUCGACAUUUCUUGCUGCAGCCGCCGGCAAAUUAUGCUUGUGGGCCUUCAUCGGCCGUGAUGUGGCGUGAGCGGAGACAGCACACGUUAUUACGUGGUCCGAAGUUGAUAGCCACAUAGGUGGGAAGGCCUGCAAAAGUGGCUGCAAAAUGGUGAUGCCCACAUUGAUAGAAUGUGGGGCACCAACUAUGAGUUACACAUUAGCGGCCCCCGAAAGAACAAAAAGAAACGUGCAGGUUGGAAAGGCGGGAACGCUAAAAUGCCGUUUAGUCCAUGUCGCUGUGUUGGUCGCGGUAGCAGAUGCCUUGCGUCACCUGAUUGCUUCGCAAUGUAAGUUACGGCGACUGUUAAUGCAAACAGGUGGUGCACUGCCCAAUUUGCUUGCGCUACUGAUUGUCGCUCGUUACCAGAUCGCCAUGUGCGGCGACGAAAGUGAGCAGUUUACGAGCUCGCGUUAAUGGUUUCAGCGCAUCUCGACAUGCAAAUUUUAUUUCUGAUCUUGUAUGAGAAGGUGCACUGCUUUUCUUCUGCCAAUAAAGUCGCACGUCCUGUUCACUCACUUGUGGCUUGUUUGUAUGGGCGUCAGUAGAGGCUCUUUAGUCUCCUGGCCAUUAAAACGCGGCAGCUGAGGCAUGCCGCAAAGCCAGCGAGGCGAGCACGGCGCGUACCCAGCGUACGGCACCGGUAUAAAGCGGCCAUAUUAAAUAUUGUACUUAAAAAAAAAAAAAACAUUUCCGCUUCCUGUUUAAGUAGCGCCAUCUGUCGGGCCCCCCACUAAGUUCCAUGCGCUGCCGCUUCUUAUUUUCGAACCACUGUGGAAGGUACAGUUUCCCUUCUCUAAUGUUGUUCUUUAUUCUAUGGGCCUACCAUGACGCGUUCUCGACCGUAGAAUGCGCUCGUCAAAAGUGCUACGUUGCUGUGAACAACUCAAGCUUGUUAUACUUGUUAUAAACAAACAGCGCGAAUCCAGUGGCUAUGGGAUCUACAGAGGAAGAGCUUGACCUGAGCGAGAUCGAUGUGUUUGCCGCAAGACCAAGAAUAAGAAAAACCGACCCCAAGUCGCAACUGCCUAAAUACGUGAAAGCAGACACUGGGAGUAUAAAACUCCCGGCGAUGACUGUUAGUGCGGAGUUUAAGGAGAGGCUCGCCAUUGCAAGCCUGGAAGCAGGGAGCCUGCGUGAGAGGAACACGGCAGUGCGACGUCGAAUCGAGCAGCGUCGCAUGGCUCGCCACAGGAGGCGGCAGCAGGCAUCGAGCACUGAGGGCAACUCGUGUGAGGAGGAACCAGGUGACCAGCAGAAGUGGCAGGAGGUGCGCCCUUUCCUGGCUGUGAACGACCACCUCUGUGGUCCCGUGUCUCACGGCAGCUGCGGGCCCAAGACAGAAGUUGAAACCCUGGUGGAGGCUGCCAUUGCCAAUGGAGACUUUGACAAGGCAGAGAUGUUGAGCGACCACUUGGGCAACAGGCAGUUUGCUGUGAAGAUUGCAGACGCAUUUGCUGCCAAGCGGUGUGCAGAGGAGCAAGAGGCCAAAAGGAGAAGAGACUAUGUCAAGAGGCAGACCAAGUUACCUUGGGGCCUGAUGUGCUCACUGGAUACCAGAGGUACUCACUCUCAACUAUACAAUGGCUCAUACUGGCUCCACACGGAUUUCACCGGUGUGAGAUAGAGCGUGACGAAGGGUGUGAGUGGACGUAGGUUUGAAGCAAAAGAGCGGUGGCAGAUGAAGGGCAAUAUGUGACCGUGUGGCUAGCAUGAUGGAUCCAGGUCGUGGCAACGUUUGCUGCAGAUUCCAGUGGAGUGCUGUUAGUACGAACAGGCAAGCGCAAGGCCCCCAACUCCGUGCACGGGAGGAAGCAGUGCUGCUGCAGUGCCACCUCUUCCGAGUGACCUGCUAUGUGGCCACAACCACUCCACACAUUGCCCAGGUGUCUUAUCAGCUCCUGAUAGUAAAUGUGCUGUUGACUACAAGCAAAUGCAUUAAAAUGCUUUGGGUGAGCAA